AAGAUAACGUGUCUCGCACGCGGAGGUCAGUCGAUGAUUGGGAGGCGGUUUGUAACUGAUGCAAAACAUUUCGUGAAAGUUGUUCGAGACCUGGGCUGAGAGAUCAAAUUAUUUCGCAAAAGAUUGGUGAAUCGGUAUGCUGCGCCUAAUCCUGAUAGCAGCAGUUAUAACUCUGGUGAUAGCCAAACCAACAUCGGAGGAUGCAGUGAAUAUCAGUAAAAAUCUGCAGACUGCCGAUGAUCUUCUGAAAUCCGCCCAAGAGAUCCUGAAACGCCUUGAUGCACAGUACGCUGAAUGGAGUAAUAAACAGAGCAUCGCAGGAUGGAAUUACGCGUCAAAUCUGACGGAUGCGAACUUGGCAGAGAAGCUGAAGGUGUCUGCAGAAGCGGCGCGCGUCUCUAAGCAAAUGGCCCAGGAAGUGAAUUCCUUUUCUUGGAGAGACUUGGAAGACGAAAGCCUCAAGAGGCAAUUCAAGAAACUUGGUGUACUUGGCACCGCCGCUCUUCCUGAAGACAGUUACAAGGAAUUCGAGACGACGAUUAGUCAAAUGGAGAACAUCUAUAGCACCGCGAAAAUCUGUGAUUACAAUAACAAGAGCAAGUGCGACCUUGCACUCGAACCAGAGAUUACCGAGUUGCUGAUGCGCAGUCGAGAUCCUGAGGAAUUGAAGCAUAUCUGGGUGGAAUGGCGGAAGGCGUCGGGCGAGAAAGUCAAGUCUCUGUACCCCAAGUAUGUCGAGCUAGCCAACACUGCGGCGAGACUCAACAACUUCUCCGAUUACGCGGCAUAUUGGAUGAAGGAUUAUGAAGCUGAUGAUUUCCCUGAUCAAAUCGAAAAUCAAUGGCAACAAUUGAAGCCGUUGUAUGUACAACUGCAUGCCUAUGUACGGCGCGAGCUCAGGAAGAAAUAUGGCGAGGACAUCAUCUCUAAGGACGGCCCGAUUCCGGCGCAUCUGUUGGGCAACACGUGGGCGCAGACUUGGGCGAAUAUCGCCGACUUCACUGUGCCAUUCCCGGGCAAGCAGCUGCCGGACGUUAGCGCCGCUUUAGUAGAACAAGGAUACAAUGCGACGAGCAUGUUCCGCCUCGCUGAGGAUUUCUUCACGUCAAUCAACUUGACUGCCAUGCCGGAUACAUUCUGGGAGAAUUCGAUCUUGACGAAGCAGAAAGGUGUAGAUAUGAUCUGCCACGCGAGUGCAUGGGACUUCUAUGACGGCAAGGAUUUCAGGAUCAAGCAGUGUACGCGUGUUAAUAUGGAGGACUUGUUGACAGCUCAUCACGAGAUGGGUCAUAUUGAGUAUUAUCUACAAUACAAGGAUCAACCUACAGUCUUCAAAGAGGGCGCGAAUCCAGGCUUUCAUGAGGCGGUUGGUGAUGUUAUAUCUCUUAGUGCGUCCACUCCUAGUCAUCUCAAGAAGAUCGGUCUACUAAAAGACGACUCAACUGACCGGGAGGCACUUCUUAAUCACCUUUAUGUGAAGAGUCUUGAUAAGAUCGCCUUUCUGCCAUUUGCUUAUAUGAUGGAUCGGUGGCGUUGGAAUGUAUUCCAGGGAAAAGUUACACCCGACAAUUACAACUGUCACUGGUGGUCACUUGCGGAGGAAUAUCAAGGUAUCGAACCUCCCAUAGAUAGAUCGGAAGAAGACUUCGAUCCUGGUUCGAAGUACCACAUAAUCGCAGAUGUCGAGUACAUAAGAUAUUACGUAAGCUUCGUAAUUCAAUUCCAAUUCCAUAAGGCAUUGUGUACUAAAGCUAAGCAAUACGAUCCAAACAAUCCAGAAGCCAAACCAUUGCAUCAAUGUGAUAUUUAUGAUAACAAGGAUGCUGGAAAUCUGCUGAAAUCUAUGCUGGAAUUUGGUUCCUCAAAACCAUGGCCAAAUGCGAUGGAGAAAAUCUCAGGUCAACAACAGAUGGAUUCGGCUGGACUUUUGGAAUACUUUAAGCCCCUGACUGAUUGGCUGACUGAAGAAAACAAGAAAACUAAUGAGUACAUUGGAUGGAACCCCACUAAGAGACAAUGUGUACAAACGAGAGAAGAGCUUAGAACAGUCACUGAACCUUCAGAAUAAUAUAAAUUUUCCAUUAAUAAGAAAGAAUAGAAAAUAUAUGUAUUUUUUUUUUUGAAACAUAAACGCCAAGUCAUUGCGUUUUGAUGCAAUAAAUCUAGCAAGCAAUAUAUAUAAAUAUCAUUUCACGAUCAUAAAACGCUAUUUUGAACAAUUCAAUCAAGCGGUAAACAAACGUUUAUAAUGUUUAUAAUUAAUUUUGUCUCAAGUUUUCUAAAUAAAAUGUGCAUUCCAUCCUU